AUUUGAAAGAAAACGAGAUUUAUUCUCAAUGACUAGAAAAUUAUUACACUUAUUCCGAUUCAAAUUAUUUGCUGAACAUUUUCAUUCUAAAUUUUCUUUGCACAGUCACAAAGGGCGUGUUAGAUAUACAUUAAAACGUGCUAUGUGAUGUCUUGGUGUGAGUUUUAGAUAUCUAGUUUGUAUUUCAGUUCUGUUGAACUAGGUAACGUUUUUCCGAGAGCAUAGGGCUAUAUUUUAUAAAAUCUGUGACUUUCCAUUGUUAAUUUUGUCUAAAAUAUAUAGCUGUAUGUCUUUCUAAUUUGGUCGUGUUAUACUGUAAAAAUGGCGAGUAUGACUAUGUAGAUUUCUUUGCAUGACGUGUUUGCCGUUUCAUUCACAUAUUUUUAUCGCAGUAUUCUUAACAUUGUUGCUAUCUCUUUCUCACUUCUUAAGAAGUCUGUAAGUUAUCGCGGCGGCAUGCUAAGAAUACAAAUUUAUUACGGCAGGAACGCAAGCAAUUUGGAUUAGACCAUGACGCAUUUAUUUAAUCAUUAUCGUUUUGCUCAUUUUUAACAAAGAUAACGCAAAUUAGAUAAUGAAAAACUGAAACCAUAAUCGUAACACAACGCCACUAAAAACUGGCACUAUGAUAAUGUUGUGUUUGUUUGGACGAUAAUUACUACAUUCCUUUGUCUAGUCAUUACUUUUAUUAGCUAAAUGAUUACAAGCCCCGCGAUAGUGAUAAUAUUGUGCAAGUUUUUGAUUCUAUUUAGUGACACUUUCAUGAUGACGGACGCUGUGGCGAAUGCUGAGAUGGAAGACUUGGAGGAUGGCGAGAUAGAGAGCGAAGGCGAAGAAACAACAGAAGUCGCAUCUGAAGGAAAAGGUGCAGAAACUGUACCAACUAUUGAAGAUAAAAUAUCAUCGGAAAAAUCUGAUUCCCAGGAUUUUUAUUAUUCAAAAUCAGGUAAGAAAAAGAAAUCCAAAUCUAAUAAGGAACAGAAGGUAAAGGACAAAGGUAAAAAAAGUCGUAAAUAUUCUAGUCCCACUGAAGAUGAUUUCGCUGGUAAUAUUGAGAAAGCUAUUAGGAAGGCCAUGAACAAAAUGGAAAGCAUGGACGCAAAUAACGAGGAUGACGUUGAUGAACGUCGUAAACACAAAAAACGUAAGAAGUAUGAUAGCAAAGAUGGAUCGAGUAAAAAGCGUAAAAAGCAAGAUUAUUCAGAUGAUAUGGAUGAAAGCGAAAUGAUGUGUGUAAGGGGCGCUUCUCCAGUGCAUAGACAGUCGCCUGUUGAUAUAUAUGAUGAUGAUAGAGAUUCAUGUGCAUCUGAUAGUAGUCAGGAGUCUAGAGGACAGCAGCACCAACGACAACAAAGACAUAACAGACAACGAGAACGUAAUAAAAACAAUAAAAAUGACAGAAGACGAGGCACUCAUCCAAUGCAAGAUCCCGAUGGUGUCUGUUUAUACUAUAUGCAAGGUAAAUGUCAUAAAGGCGAUGACUGCAUUUAUUCACAUGAUGCACAGCCUCCGAGAAAAAUGGAACUGUGCAAGUUUUACCUAAUGGAUUGUUGUGCAAAAAGAGACAAGUGUCUGUACAUGCACGCUGAUUUUCCGUGUAAAUAUUAUCAUACUGGGCUUCCGUGUAUAUACAAAGAUGAAUGUAAAUUCGCGCAUGGUAAACCCUUAACAGAAAGUUUAAAAAAUAUACUUUUAAAACAUAUAGAAUCAGCUCCUAAAGAAAUAUUAGGAGAUUUUCCGCGCCUUAACAGAGAGGGAGCUUUAAAAAUGUUGCAAAAUACUCAGUCAAAGUUAAUGCAGCAAUAUUCUGACACUACUGAUAACACUGACAAAAAUAUCCCAUCUCUGUUUGAAUUAAACAUACCGAAUCCACAAGCCGCUGGAGAAUCAUUACAAGGUAACCAUUUUAUGAAUGAGAGGCAAAAUAAAAAUUCUCCAAAAAUACGACAGUCGAGAUGGCAAAAUGACAUGUCUAAUAAUCAGAAUUUUAAUAUGAGCUCUUCGCCAAAUAGUAAUACAAAUUCAACGAAUGUACUAAGUAUCAAGAAUUUGACUGGAGUUUUGACACCUCGUCAAAUUUUAGAUCUCACAAAAAUGGGCAUUGAAAAUUUAGAUCAACUUGGCCAAUUAACCGUAUUACAACUAAAUAGCAUAGGUUUAUCAUUGAAACAAAUAACAGAAAUCCAAUUGAAUACAAUGAAUAUUCAAAAGUUAGGACUAAUUAAUACAAAUAAUGACGCAGCUCCGCAAUUUAUACCUCAAACCACUGGUACGAAGGAUUUAGAUUUAAGGGUGCCACCUGUACCGAUACCUGUAUCUAAUACUACAACAGUGCCCUCUGAUUUACCAGGAAAAGACGUUGACAUGCGAUUCCAACCACCUGUUAUGCUUCCAACACACGAAGAUACUACUUCGAGUAACGUUACUCAAAAAGAAUCGCAAACCAGUAAAGAUAUGAUCGAUAUUGACCAAUACACAAAAGAUGCACUGAAGUUUGCGUCCAAAGACAAAGAAAAUAUCGAUAUUUCAAAUGAAUCAUAUGAAUCUGAAAAACCAGUGAUUUCCAACGAAUCGAAAGACGUAGAUCACAGAGUUCUUCCGUUUUCCGAUGAUGGCCCAAGAAUUUUGCAUUCUAAUGUAGACGAUGUUAGGAAAGAAUGUGAUACAGAUAUAAGAUUUCUUCAGCCAGAACCACUGUUUAAAAAUCCUGAGAAAAGACAUCGUCGUUCAACUACAGAUGAUGAAGACAACAAUUUGUUAAUAGAUGAGAAAUGGUAUUCAAGUGAUGAGGAAAAAGCAACUAAAAAGAAGUCUCCAAUUUCUUCCCCGAAACUAAAAUCCCCAUCUCCACAGGCAUCCACACCGCCGGUUAUAGAGCCAUCAACUGUAUUAAGUAAAUUAGGUGAUCUUUCCAAGAUUGCUAUUAGUGAAGAAGUUACAAAAUUAUUAAAUACCAUGAAAAAUAAUCUACAAGAAAAUAAGGUUGAAAAUAGCUUAGAGGGCGCAGCGUCACCGAGCCAAAGUAGACCACGAGAUCCACGAGCUAGACGAUCACCGGAAAAAAUAACUGAAUCUAAUAAGACCACUACAAGAAAGCCUAGAAUAUCAAUUUAUGAAUGUAUUGAUGGCGAGCCGACCGACGGGCGACGUAGAACUGAUGUUGAUUUACGGAAAUCUGACUUUAAUCUUCCUGCGUUUGGCGAUACCGAUUUGCGUCAAACUAGUGGAGAUAUCGAUUUUCGUUUUGGUUUACCUUUUAAGCCUCUUCCUAAUUACACGCCUGCUUCAGAAAUAAAUGGGUCAAUUAACAGCCAUCCACCAAUACCUUAUAAAGUAGUACCAAUCUAUGUACCACGGCCAGACUACACCGAUAUCAGAAAUAGUACAGCUAAAUCUCAAGCAUUAGUGGAUCCUAGACUACGAAAAGUUUUUAGAUUAUCCCUUGACGAAUCUAAUAGUGAUAGUGAAAAAUCAAAUAAACCAUCAACUGCUGCAACCCCUAGCGGACCUCGAGUUGACCCACGAAGAAAACCCAAAGAUGUUGCUGAAACCGUUCUUCAGGAUCAAAAGACUAAUUCUUUAGAUUUGCAAACGAUACUCCAAAAUUCCAACUGGUAUAAAGAACUCAGCUCUACACAAAAAAUAUUUGUGAACCAAAACCUAGCACCAGUAACGCAAAUGAUUAAACAGUUUCAACAGGAAAGGUUACCCGGGAAGAAAUUCGAUCUAGCACCCAUACAAGGUAAUAGUAUGUUGUGUAGUAUAUUUACGAAUUUGGGUAUCACUUUAAAUGAAAAUGGCGAGUAUUCCUAUUUACCAAAACCUAAAGAAGCCCUACUAAAAACUCCUAUUAAUUUUAAUCAAACGGCAUUUGGUAUGAACAGCAACAUGGCCGGCCCGCCGGGUUCAAUGGAUGGCGGUAACAUGAAUAUGAUGAAUAUGUCGUCCAUGGGAAUGGCAGGUAUGAAUUUAGGUAAUAUGCAUGGCUACAAUCAAUCCAUGCAGGAUCCUCGGGCUGGCCCCACGCCUGGAUUACUAGGGAUAGCGCCGAACAUGCCGCAUAAUUUUAAUAAGUUUGGUGCACCUAAUAAUUUUGGAAAUAUGCCAUAUAAUGGUCCAGGCCCUGGUAAUGAUUUUAAUUUUAUGGAUGGUGAUCAAAAUUAUCCACGGUUUCCUAAUCGUGGAGGCCACCGUGGACGAGGUAACGACCGAUGGAAUCGCGGAGGUUCUGGUAGAGGGCAUAGAGAUCGGAAAAAUUUCAAUGAUCGUGGUAAUUGGAAGAAUGAUAGAAAUUAGGUGUUAUGUACAUUUCGAUUGUCUUUAUCAUAAAGUUAACGUAAUAAAUUAUUUAAUUUAAUUUAGAAAACUCCUUCCACAUGCAGCAAAAUGUGAUUGAGGUGAUAAUAUUAUUAAUGACAGACUUAUAUAGGUACGUUGUAUUUUAGUAGUUUAUAGGUAUAGGUUACAUAUAAAGCUUAAUGUGAAAGGUCCCUUUAAUGUAUUGUAAAUACGUUUUAUGUAGUGUAAUUGAUCAAUUUCAGUAUCAUUAUGUAAAAUAAUUUUAUUAAAUACUGAAUUAAGUUUAUUAAAUUAAUAAUGAAUAUUAUUACUCAUAUAAGAGCCAAAUGUUUUAAGACUGAGUGCGUGCGUCGAGAUUUAUAUGUUUUUUUUCAUUAAGCAUUAUACAUUAUAAUUUCGAUUCUAACAAUCAACAAAAACUAAGUUUUGUAUUACUAGUGUGGUGGAAUAUACUAUGCUCGGACGUAUGGCAAAGCAAUAUUAAGCAAAAAAAUACCUCUACAUUGUUGAAAUGUUAAUUUUGUAGGUUAAUAUUGUAUUCAAAUCAUAGAGACGGGCCUACUCAAGUUUAAAAUAAAUUCAUGUUUAUAAAUAUUU